GAUGACAAGGCGGAAGUGAGUUGUAAACAUCGCAGGAAUCAACUGUCCUCAGACAGACACGAUGUCCGACAACGACGAUGUCCGAUACUGUCAUCGAUGCUCAUACAUUUUCCUCAAAUUUAUCCUGUUCGCUUAUUCCAUCAUCUGGUGGUUGAUAGGUGGCUUUAUCCUGGGCAUUGGCAUCUAUGCUGAGGUGGAGAGACAACGCUACAAGACGUUGGAGGGAGUGUUUUUGGCCCCCGCUAUAAUCCUGAUCCUCCUGGGAAUCAUCAUGUUUAUUGUUUCACUCAUUGGAGUCUUGGGUUCACUGAGGGAUAAUCUAACCCUCCUGAAAGUGUUCAUGUACACUCUGGCUGUGUGUCUGAUCCUGGAGCUGCUUGGAGGAAUAUUGUCACUGGGGUUCCGCCAUCAGACUUUGGGUUUGCUAAACAAGAACAUCCGAAAAGGCAUAGUGAACUACUAUGAUGACCUGGACUUCAAAAACAUCAUGGACUUUGUCCAGAAGAGGUUUAAGUGUUGUGGAGGUCAAGAGUAUACAGACUGGUCGGUCAACAUGUACCACAACUGUUCUGCAACUAGUCCAUCGGCCUGCGGUGUCCCAUAUACCUGCUGCAUUACUACUAAGCCUAAUGAAGUGGCCAACACUAUGUGUGGGUACAAGGUGUUGGAAUAUGAGCGUUUGGACUUGAUCAAAAUCAUCCAUAUCCGAGGCUGCACUGAUGCUUUCUUCAUCUGGCUGACGGACAACUACAAGAUCAUGGCUGGACUGCUAUUGGGGAUCUUACUGCCUCAGUUCUUUGGUGUGAUAAUCAGCUGGCUGUACAUGACUCGUGUUCAAGAUGCCAUCAGUGAGUACGGUCACUACAUGGACCUACUGAACUCAAAUGAGAAUGAAAGAGUUGCCAAGAGGCAGGGCCAUGUGGCAAAAUGGUUCAGGUGUAUGCCGGAGAUCUGAUGGAGAUUACAAACAAUAAGCAGCAAAUGGACUCCAGUCAACACUCACAGUUGAUUAAAAGUUGAUCCAGAUACUGCUGCAGCCACUGUAGGAGACUACCUUUGACUAGAAGGGCAUCUUGUGUUCCUUCAAUUUUACUGUAUACUUGGAUGUAUCCAACACAAACAUGUUUGUAGGGCCCAUUGAUGUAUUAAUUAUUAAUUACUGUGUUAACAUACAGUGUACGAAUGGAAAAUUAUGGCUCAUUUAUAUAUAUAUUUUAGCUGUAUUGUGCUCAAGAGAGUCUCAGGGAUAAACGCAGAAACCAAUACAACCACUUUUGCUUCUUUUUUUAGAAUAUUACAUAAAAUUGGUCUGUUCAGUUCAAUCACACAACCACAAUAUACAGCACUGACUUUGUUGUAUACGUUUAUACCUGUGUUCAUUCAUUACUUGUUUUUUGCCACCAAUUGAAAUAUUGCUCUGUCCAACCACCGGUGAAGCAGC